CUAUCAGCCAUCCCAUUUUCAAAACGCAUCAGUGUAUUUCCAUACGCAAUUCCGUACACCCCCAAAAAGUUCCACGUCGCCUCCAUGGAACCAACUGGUAUUAGGGUUUCUCCUUCAAAGUGUCUAUAGACAUACUUUGGUGGUGAUUGCAGAAGGACUUAGUUACUGAUAGUGAUUUGCAUUUUCGGGCAAUUUGGAGAGUAUUAGAUGGAUCCGAAGAGGAAGUCGAAGGUAAGCCUGUUCGAUGUGGUGGAUGAAGCCACAUUCACCACCAAGCUUAACAUAGACGACGGCAGAACCACCGCUCACGGCGUCUAUAUUAGCAACAUGUCGGUGGUCAACCGGUGGAAUGGACGCCCAUACUCACAGCGUUAUUACGACAUGUUGGAGAAGAGGACGAUUUUACCAGUCUGGCAUAAGAAAAGGGAAUUUCUGAAAGCAUUCAAGGAUAAUCAAGUUCUUAUCAUAGCCGGUGAAUCUGGCAGCGGUAAAACCACACAGAUUCCUCAGUUUGUUCUGGAAACCAUUGAUGUAGAAAGUCCUUAUAAUCACAAGAGAUUCAUGUCGGUUACAGUGUUCCUUUUGACGACUGGAUCAGUGAUAAAACUGUUUAGAAGUAUUUGA